AUGUCAAAGAUGAGUACAAGAACAAGUGGGGGUCUAGAGGAAUUUAUGUGGGCUAUGAAAAUAUCAGACAUCAGUUUCGACUCUGUCACAUAUACAAAGAAGACCAUUGAGAAGUCUGUCACUUUCAAGAUCAACAACCAGUCUCCACUGCGAUCCACAACACCAAUGUCUACCAUUGAUCCUGCUGAUUCUAUCCAGUCCUCUGGUUCACAUUCCAGAUCCCCUAUGACACACUUAUCCACCAAUUCAACCCCACCACUCAAUGCUAUACCAUAUGACCCAUACAUCCCCCAUCCAGACAAGCUUCAUCCUCUACCAUCAGUUCCUUCGCACCACACGCCUUCUCACGUGUUUUUCGGCAGCCCUGUAUACAUACCGCGCCCCCAGCAACAGCACUUAGCGCACGAGCCAACCAUACGCCACCAGGAGAAAGAAAGAGAGAAAGGAUGGGAUGAGAUGGAUGAGGAAGAGGAGGAGAUGAAGAAGUUGGAAGGAAGAAAAGAUGGUGCUCGAGACGAGGAUAGACCAAGCCCAUACCCACCAGCACACACCGUCUCUAUUGCCCCAUUCAACCCAACACCAGCUCGUCCCCAACGACCCGCAACAUCUAGUAUACGGCCCAGUGACACAGCAAGACCUGGCCCUCAACGACUAACUACCACGCGCACUUCACUAUCCCCAGCUCCCAUCGUGACCACUACGUUACCCAAGCCCAUUCCCACCCCCACCAUGCCAUUCUCGUCGCCCAUGCACCAAAUGCUACGGACACCAGCAUCACCAAUGGCCAGACCACCAUCUGCAGCCCCAGCUCCACUCCACCAGCACACAGCAUCAUACGCGAACACCCAAGAGUGGGAGGAAAGAGGUAGAAGAGAGGAACGAGAGGAAGAGGAGGAGAGGUCAGGAGGAGAGAAAGAAGAGAACAAGGGAGAACUGCAGGGCAAGGAACGUGUCACCAAGGCCAACGACCCACCCCAACGCCAUGCACCAUCCUUGGACCAUUACCAACAGCAUGCCCAAAUCACUGCAGGCAUUUUCCUAUUUUUCUCCAACAAACAUCCAAAAAAUAUUGAUUGA